AUGCCACGAGCUCCAAAAUCACAAAAAGACCCCAAUGCACCAAAACGUCCAUUGUCGACAUUUUUCUUAUUUUCACAAGAUGAACGACCAAAAAUUAAAAAAGACAAUCCAUCUUUGUCUGUUUCAGACAUAGCUAAAGUUAUUGGUGAACGAUGGCGUGGAAUUGGUGACGAAAAAAAACGUCACUACGAAGAAAGAGCUCGUCAAGAAAAGGAACGAUAUGAUCGAGAAAUUGCCGUAUACAAACAAGGAAAAUAG